AUGACGGAAAAUAACAGCAAUGACACGCUUCAGAGCCUCCCACAGCUUCUCGCGGUCGCCGAGAAAACGCUCCCGGCCAAAUGCAAGGAUGGACUCCUGGCCUACUGUCCGACCAUGGACCUUGUCGCCCUGGCCUCUGAGAACGAGCAGGUUCACGUUUUCAGACUGAAUGGGCAGCAAGUCCUGGAAGCUGACCUUGCGGGUGACCCCUACUUGGACGAGGUCAAAGGCGAGGUGAGAGGGAUCAGGUGGAAGAACGACGGUCGUCUAUUGGCAGUCGCUGAUGCUGAGAACAAACUUCGCAUUAUAAGCUCUUACACUGGCAAAACGGUACAUCAUUACUCGUGUCUGUCGCACGAGGAACAGCAGCAAUAUGGAGAGACAGAUGACGCGAGCAAAAAAGAAAGAGACCUUCAAAUUUCCUGCAUUGGAUGGGGAGUGAAUUUCACAGAUAGCAAAGCUGCGCAAACCCAUCUGCGAGAUGCAAAUGGCCAUAUCACAGUCGAAGAUCUUCUAGCACCAGACACCGAUCCAGUAAAGGCGGCUCUCCAGCUCAAGGCAGAUCUGCCCCUUGAACUGGCUCUACUCGAUGUGGAAAGCUCAUUGCCGAGGCUAAGCACUUUGCCAGGAAGUGGAAGCGAUGAAGAUGUAUUCAGCAGCCGCACUUCAAUCGACGCUAUCUUCCAGUCCUUCAACAAAAUUUCGAGUGAUGCUGUAGAUGUCUUGUUCGUGGGCCUCAACAAUGGCAGAGCACAUCUUAGAAUUUUUGAUUGUUUCGAAAUCGGAAAUUUUUCAGUUACACCAAGCCAGACACAGCCGUCAAGUCACGUUGAAACAUUGGCGCAUACUUCACACCCGAUGAGUUCGACACAUGCAAUCCUACUGUCGGAAAAAACGGACAGUUCUCCGGACCCAAGCAUUAAAGUGGUAUCGCUCGAUCUGAGAUUCAUCACAAAAUCUGGACGCUACCUGUCCUUGUUGGCCUUUAAGAUCACUCAGCUGCAGAAUCUGCUCAGAUACAUUAACCAGACACAACGACAGAUUACACUUGAGUGGAAGAAUGUCUACGAAUUGCCGGCUCGAUUCAUGCGGAGUAUUGCAGAUGAGUUGCAGGAGAAGUGUCAUUGUGAUUUCGUUACUGCUUUGUACCAUCUUCUAGUAACAGGGAAUUGCUUUCCACCGAUGAAGGAUUUUCUUGUGGAUAUUGUGGGUGAAAGGGGCCACAAACGAUGGGAGAAGACAGUGGCCUCGGGUUAUGAGAACGUGCGAAGAUUGACACACGAAUGUCUAUUGCCUGCAUUGGGACGAUGUGAGGUUCUUCUCAGUCGGCUGAUUGGUAUAUCGAAAUUCCAGAAACUCAACCACAUCCUCGGACUCGAAACGCCGGAUCUGCAAGAAGUUGUCGGCACACUUGAUUGCCUCCAUCUCCUAUCUCAUUCAAUCCUGACAAAGAGCAGUCGGGAGCUGUUUCAGUUCACAGAGUUUGCAAAAUGGCUCCGCCACGAGAUAGACAUCCAGGGCGCCGAGCCCAUGUCCCAGACCCUGGAGGAAUUAGUUGAGAAGAGUGAUUUUAUCGACCAUGCCACAACCCUUGAUUACAUAGAGGGUGCACUCACUAAGAGCUCUCUCCGUCGUUACAUAUCUUCAGGCCCCAAAUCGACACCAGCAUCCACAGAGUCGAAAAAGACUGCCUCCAGCGAAGGAAACCUCUCCUAUUACCAAGCAUUCAAGGAUAUGUUGGCUGCCGAGGAAAAUGAACAUUCGCGAGAUUACAAGAACAAGACAGAAACUUCUCGACCUGACCUCCCAAAGCUAAAUGACCUUAUCGCACGUCUCGAGUUGCAAUGUGGCAAAGUUUUUGGACAGAUUGCUCUGACUCAAAAGCGAAGCAUACUUCAUCACUGUCUGCUCGCCUUACCCGCGGACUGUGAUCCAGAUGUAGUUGAUACAACUAUGCAGUAUGAAGACCUUGAUGAUGCCGGAAAUUCGUACGCGAUUUAUGUGACGACAAGGCUGAAAUACUCGCCAGACACGCUUAUUAUAUAUCGGAUCGAUAUUCAAUGUAUCAACGGCGUGAGUUCGUCCAAAGCUACUUCCGUAGCUUCGCUACGCCUGCCCAAUGGCGAAAUUAAACAGGUCCAAUUUGUGGAAGAUGGAACUGUGAUGCUGCUGUAUACAAACGAAGACCGAUCCUAUCUACUCAAUUUCCCCAUCUCUCCCCCCUCGUCAAAGAACGAUAGUGAACCCGAGUUCUAUCCCAAAUACGAAACCUACGACAAUCUGACUGCCACUUUCACGCCCCCGAUGCCCGAUGCAAUGGAUCUAGAUAUUGCAAGCAAGCAUGCGGAUAUUGUGUUGCAUUGUUUUGCGGCCUCAGGUAUCAAAUCCAAGCCGAUCAAACUGAGCGUUAAUGGCCGCAAGGACAGGAGAGUUAUUUGUGUCCUUUUUGCCGAUAUGAUACACUACGAAGUUCUGCAUAUUGAUCAUCGAUACGAGGACGAAGAUGAAGAAGCCGAGGAAUGA